CACUUUUUUCUCCUAAGCAUGCUAUUUAACCGGACAAUGGCCAGAACUCCAUCCAGAAACCAUCAUCUCCUCAUCAACAACCUCCUUCUCAACCCGUCAUACGUACCUUGUGGAAGUAGUCUCAAGAAAGAAUGGCGCUGAAUACUAGGAAUGCAAUCGUUGCCGUUCUCCUCCUCGUCGUGAUGGUCGUGGCGGUCUCAACACCAGCAGUAACUGCCCAAGAGGACUGCUGGGACAAAUGUUUCAAGGACUGCAAGGCAAAAAUGGCAAUGGAAGUGUGCAACCAAAAGUGCAUUGACUUUUGCAAGUAUCAAGCUGGAGCCGGAGAAUAUGUUAAGAUGGCUGGCGAUAAACUCAAGGAGGCCAAAACUGCCUCUCCAGAACAGGCCACUAAACUCAAGAAUGAAGCUACCACCUACUUAGAACGUGCCAAAGUCCUCAGCGAUAAAGCCGUGACCCCGUGAGUGUGAGUGCGCGCUCUUUUGUCUAUCGGUGUCGCUGCUGUUAUGGUGUCUAUGGAUGUUUUAUUUAUUUACUAUUAAAUUGUCGCGGUUGCAUCCCAUAUUUUUUGGUUUCUUUCAUUUUUGUCUCUUUGUUAACAGACCGUCUUUUGUAUUAUGACGACAUGCUUGUUCCAGUGACUCCCUUUCUCUGUUUUUAUUGUCGAGAUUACUCAUGUAUAAUGGUUUUCCAUUGAUUUGGAUACAUAAUAAUAAAGAUUCUUGCUUCCUUUUUAA